ACGCUCAACAUGGUGCCCGGCUUCUCGGUGUACGGCGAGAAGCGCGUCACGGUGACCGAGAACGGCGUGAAGCAGGAGUACCGCACGUGGAACCCCUUCCGCUCCAAGCUGGCCGCGGCCAUCCUGGGCGGGGUCGACCAGAUCCACAUCAAGCCCAAGUCCAAGGUGCUGUACCUGGGCGCCGCCUCGGGGACCACCGUCUCCCACGUCUCCGACAUCAUCGGCCCCGACGGCCUGGUCUACGCAGUCGAGUUCUCCCACCGCGCCGGCCGCGAUCUGGUCAACGUGGCCAAGACGAGAACCAACAUCAUCCCGGUGCUGGAGGACGCCCGGCACCCGCUCAAGUACCGCAUGCUCAUCGGCAUGGUGGACGUGAUCUUCGCAGACGUAGCCCAGCCAGACCAGUCGCGCAUCGUGGCUCUGAACGCCCACACGUUCCUGCGCAACGGGGGCCACUUUCUCAUUUCCAUCAAAGCCAACUGCAUAGACUCCACCGCGUCUGCAGAGGCUGUGUUUGCUUCUGAGGUGAGGAAGUUGCAGCAGGAGAACCUGAAGCCUCAAGAGCAGCUGACCCUGGAGCCUUAUGAGAGGGACCAUGCUGUGGUCGUCGGGGUCUACCGGCCCCUUCCCAAGAGCAGCAGCAAGUAGCAGCCAGAGCAAGCUUUGCCUACGGUCUCCCCUGGACUGUUGUGUGGGGGUGUUCUUACGUAUGUUUUUGUGUGUGCGUGUGUGUGUGUUUUGUUGUUUUUCUAUUAAACAGGAUAAAGAAACAGUACCCAGUACACUUUAGUGAGGCCAGACAGUUUGCUAAGAUAGCAAUCAAUCUCCCAGCCCCAGAGGCCUGAAACAGCUGUGUUUCACAGUUUGGGAAUGGUGCUUAUUCUCCUCACCCUGUGACUCUCCAGGGCCCUGUUUUCACAAAUGCAUCUUCUAAUUACAGGGGCAGGAGAAAGGGAGCCUGGAAAUUAAUAAGCUUUUAAAGUUCCCCUUGGAAAUGAUGGGAGUGCUUCUGUUCAUAUUGGCCAAGUCCCAUUACCAAGCCUGACUCCAGAGAAGGAUAUGGGAGAGUGACACAUUCUGUCUGACUCAAAGCCAGAAUCCCAGGCACACUUGCUUUUUAGUAUUUUAUUCUCUUCAACUGAGACCUUUUGCAUUCACUGUUACAUUUAAGCAUCACAAGAGCCCUGAGACCACUUUGUUUACCAUUUCCAUAGUACACGGGGAACAAGGGGUUUCUGGAGGUAAACCAGUCGUCCAGAUCUGCACAGCCAGCAAGAAGGUAGAACUGUGGGGUUCCAAAUCCACUGCUAUUUCCUCAACACCUGCAGGUUCUUUCCUCCAUGACAUGGUGCACAUUGGGACACACACACACAGCAGGGCGCUGGGCCUCAUUGUCCCCCCACCCCACCCCAACUUCACUGGGCAACUCCUUUCCAUGGUUUCACGGUAGCUACAUAAGGCAGGAGGCGGGAUGUGGGGCAGGGCAUAAGAUACCCAAAGUGACAUCAUCAAGGGCUUGCAAAACAGCCAGGAAGACCCCCAGAGAGUAUCCAACUCCAAAGGAUACAGAGAUUCAGUGAUUGGAUUUUUGGCUCUCAAAACAAGCCCAGAGAAGCAGAAGAAUAAGCCAGGAGAGCCAACAGUGCCCCCAAAGCCUGGCUCAUCCCCCACCCAUUCACCCCAAAUCCCCAUAGCCAGUUGCCAAGGUCAUCAGCAUUUAAUCAUGGCUAACUGGGGCAUUACUUGGGGGUGAGUUUGCCUUCCUAAGAUGUGCUGGGGCCAAGGUUAUGGGGAGUCUGUUUUUUCCCAGGGCAUAUUUUCCAGGGGCGGAGGAUAUUUAAAAAAAAAAAGAGAGAGAAUAAAUCAGACGUUUAAGAAGGCAGCUACCUCUCUAUCCCCUGCCCUCCAAACCAAACUUCAG